AUGGCUGGAUCCAUUUCUCUUCGAGCUCUUCUCCUUGGCGCCUUUGCCUCCAAGGCAUUGGCGUCUUGUGCUUACGGAACUCUUCUGCACCCCAGAGCCGAGGAUGGCACUGUUGAGGUUAAUACUUUUGGCUACACUGGACAGAUUGGACCUACCAACUGGGUUGCUCUCGAUCCUGCAGCCAACGCUGUCUGCUCUACCGGUGUCAACCAGUCCCCCAUCGACAUGGUCCCCGGUGCCAACGCUAUGAUCCCUGCCUCUCAACUGAACCUCGAGAUCCCCGAUAUGACCGAAGGAACCGAGUUCGAGAACCUUGGCACAACCGUCGAGGUCAUCGCCGGACAGGGUAGCAUGCGAUUCGGCAACACUAGCUUCACUCUCCAGCAAUUCCACUUCCACUUGCCCAGUGAGCAUCUCGACGCCGGAAAGAGCCAGGCCAUGGAGAUGCACAUGGUUUGGGAAAGUGAAGAUGCUAAGAUUGCUGUUGUUGGUGUCUUUAUCGAUGUCGAGGAUGGAGCUGGUGGAAGUACCCCUACUCCUCCUGGAAACUCCACUGGCGCUACUCUUAAGAAGAAGGAUGGUUUUGUCAAGAUGGUCCGCAAGAGUACACCUCACACUCACGAUCACGACAAGCGACAACUUCCUGCCGUUGGAGGUUCUUUCUUCCACGUCAACGCCCCCGCCACUGCCGCCACCAGCUCUUCCAACCUUUUGGAGACAGUCUUCAGCUCGGUUGGUGAGAUUUCUGAGCCUGGAACCCUUACCAAGACCAAGUCUCUCAACAUGGCUGAGCUUGUCAGCACUCUUGCCGCCGGUUCUUUCCAGACUUACGAGGGUUCCCUGACCACUCCUCCCUGCAGUGAGGGUGUCCGAUGGUUGGUUUCCGACCAGAAGCUUGCCAUCAAGACCUCCACGUUCAACAGUGUUCGCGAUGUCAUUGGCUUCAACUCCAGAUUCCCCCAGGGCGCUCUUGGCGAGCCCAACGCUCUGUCUGGAAUGAUGGCCUAA